AUGAGCGGUGUGGGUGUGUUGUUUCAGGCCUACGACUGGUGGCUGCAUGACAUGUACCUUAACAAUCAGCUGCCGCUGCCGGUCAACUCCAACCCGGGCAUGGUGCUGCCUCCGCGCGCCUUCUCCUCGGCCGACGACGCCGCUCGCUUCGCCGCGCGCCUCAUCAUGGGCGUGGUCGAGCACAAGGCCGUGCUGGACAGAUUAUUUCUAAAAUUUGAAAUGUACAAGGUGAGCGUGCGCGGCGAGGAGCAGCUGGGCGAGCAGCUGCGGCAGGUGCUGCGCGAGGCGCCCCGCGCUGGCGCCGCCGCCGCCGGUGCGCUGCUGACGCCGAGCGCCGCGACGUGUUGCGGACGCGCGAGGCGCUGGCGCAAG